AUGAUGAUAUUUUUGAUCACCACACUAUUCAUUGGUCUAUUGAGUGGAUUUGUUACAUUUGCAGUAUUAUACACAACUGUGAAAAAUACCGUUGAUGAUAAAGGCACAUCAGCCAUUGACUGCACAGAACUCUAUAGAAGACACGUUACGACUUCUGGAGUGUACAUUAUUUGUCCCUGGAAUAGAUUGGACCCUAACUUUCGUUGUGUACAGGUUUACUGUGAUAUGGAGACAGACGGAGGUGGCUGGACUGUGAUACAAAGAAGACAAUCCGGCAAAGUAAGCUUUGAACGAAAUUGGAAGGAUUAUAAAUUGGGAUUUGGAGACGUUUCCAGAAGCUAUUGGAUUGGAAAUGACAUCAUACAUCAAUUGACAAAGGAGAAAACAAGUUCUCUCUACAUAGAGAUAACAUCUUUGAACAAAACAAACAUGUUUAUAAGAUAUGAUUUCUUCUUCGUAAACAACCAAAACAAUGGCUACAGACUGAAUGUUGGUGGAAAAGCUACGGGAAGCUUGGAAGACAAGAUCAGGAACGCACCGUUAUCUGACGUAAUAAACAAUGCCAGAUUUACCACUUUUGACAAGGAUACCGACCGGUCCCCAGGAAACUGUGCUACUGAACACCGAGGUGGCUGGUGGUUUAAUUACUGCCAUGAUGUUUUCCUCAAUGGACUUUAUCCCCCCGGGCAUUGGCAUCAGCCGUGGGAUCCACCUUUUAGUAAUGGAUCUUAUGUUUCUAGUACGAAGAUGAUGACCAGGCGUAAAAAAUUCCUGUAG